CUUAGAUAAGAAAAUCAGAAAAGAAGUAAAGAAAUUUAAUAUGUCAGAAACUUUAUACUACUUUAGAACAAAACAAUAUUUUCAUAAUGGAUCAGGUACCAAAUUACAACCAGACUGUGUCAAAUAAGCUAUCAGAGGUUCUGACUGGUAUAGUUAAUACUUUUUCAAAGACAAAACAAGAAAAUUAUUCUUAAAGAAUUCUACAAUAUCAUUAUUAAACAGAGAAAUCAUAUUUAAGUGCUCGAUUUGAAUUAAAAGUUUUGUAAAAAGUAACAAUUUUGGGUCAUUUUUCACAAAAAGAAUAACUUUUCUGGAAUUCUGGAAAAACACACUGAACCAAUGAUCUGAUAUUUGGCACAAAAAUCAUUUCCAGUCCUGGCAUGACAAAAUAUCUUAUUGGAGUCCCAGUACACAUGAAGCAUGAAUCUAGUACAGUUGAUCUUUAUCUUGUCUUCUCUAAAUUCCUUGUCCACAAAGGGAGACAACAAAUGUCAGAUAUAAUAUAACUGCCCAACAGAGUUAUCUUCUUAAGAUUGAAAGAGAAAGAGGAAGUUAAAAAUAAAUCCAGAAAACCCAAUACUCUAAUUGUCGUCAGCAACUGGGAAAUUUCUGAAGUAUUUUGUUUUGCUUUAUAAAUAUUGAACAUCUAGUGAUCUCAUUAUCUUAAAUCUGCUGCAGAUAUAAACCAAAAGAAUGUAUCAAGUACCAAAUUACACAGAGACUGUAUCAAUGAAGCUAUCAGAGGUUCUGGCUGAUAUAGGUGUUGAUGAGAGAAUAGUGAUGAAGAGGAGAAGAACAUUGCUUCUGAUGGAAUCAAUAGAAAAUAUAUAUCACCAGCUACUUGAUGAAAAUUUUUUCAUAUACCUUUUUGGGAGUCAAUCAGAAGGUACAACUACAAUAGGAAUCCAAUCAGACAUAGAUCAACUUAUUCGUGAUAAAGAAUACCCUGUGAUACAAGACUGGAGUGACUGGAUAUCUGGCUUAUAUAAUUUUUUGAUGAUUCAAGAUAAUUCUGUAUCUCCUGGACAUUGUUUACUUCAAAGUCUGAGAUCUGAUGCUCCUCUUCCUGCUGAUGGUGAAUCUGAUCAAUUCUUCUUCAAGGACAGAACAGGAAGAGUGUUUGUAAAGAAUUCUAUAGUACAUGUAUCUAGUGUAAAUAGAGACGAAGUAGAAUUACAUGGACCAGCAUAUGCACGACAAGGACAACCAGGCUACUGUGAUAAAGAUACUGUCAUGGCUCUACAUUGUACAACAUGGCCCCAACAAGCUAGACAAUGGUUAAUUCAACAAGGUGAAGGUCAAUGGCCGUCUGCUGAAAUGAAACAGUAUUGCAGCAGAACUGGUUGCUUUGUUGUUACUGUUGGAUGUAGUGGCAGUGAACAUGAGCAACUUGAAUGGAGAAUAUCAACAUCUUUAGCAGAAAGGUGCUUAAUGUUCAACCUGAAUAUUACACAGAUUCGCUGUUAUGUCUUAAUGAAGAUUUUAAAAAGAUUUAUUAAUCCAUUGUUUAAUGAUGUUAUUACAAGUUUUAUGUGUAAAACCGUACUCUUCCACUGUAUUGCCAAUACACAUUCUAACAUCUGGAGAGAAAAUAACUUACUUUUAUGUCUAUCACUGUGUUUAUAUCUCCUGUACACCAAUAUCAUUUAUGAAAAUUGUCCACAUUUUAUUAUUCCUGGUAACAAUUUAAUGAGGGGGAAGAUUUCACCUGCAGUUAAACCAUAUAUCCUGGAAAAACUCAACAUUAUCAUCAACAGUGAAGGUCUGGCACUACUUGGGAUUAAAUGUGAUGAUCUUGGUUCAAGGCUUCUUCUCAAGUUAUCUGCAAUCAAGAAAGGUGAUAUCAUUUCAGGAAAACUAUUAUAUAAUCUGGCUUUUUCUAUAUCUGGGACACUGAACAAAACUUAUCAUCAUCUUAAGAAGAGAAGUCCUAAUGAAGCUGUAGAAAUAUUAAAGAACUUUAUAUCAAAAACAUUCAACAGUCAAUAUGAAGGAUUAGAUAAGACAGCCAGUCAUCUUAUGUUACCAUGGUACUGUACAAUACUUGGAUCUUUCAUGGCUACACUUAACAUCUAUCAUUACAACACUGUAUCAGCAGAUGCCCUCAAACUCAUUGCACUUGGUCUCAAUACAGAUGUUGCAUCAAGUAAACUGAAACUAGCUUCAAUCUUAUUCUGUGUUCAAGAAAUACAAAAAGUUGACCUAGUACUCAGUGAGAUUGAAAAAAGAUAUGAUCUACAAAUAGUUGAGCCUAUCUGUAAAUGUCAUGUUGAAAUCAAAAAAGAACUGCAAAGACAAGGAUUCCUUGAAUUAUGUGACAAUCAUAAUGAAGAAAUCUUAAAGUAUACAACAGCAUCAUGUGUUAGAUUUCUGCCAUGUGAAAUUCACUGUGUACCAACUGAACUCAGAUAUGAAAUGUUUAGAUCUACACAAGAGGACAGAAUAUUCCGUACAAAAGAAGACAACAUGUGGAUGGAUUGUGCUGUAGUGGAUUCCCUCCCUUACCUCUACUUUCUACAAUACAAAGUUUACAGCCAUUUAGGAAGACGUGACCAGAAACAAGCUGCUCUCUUCAAACUAAUCAGAACCAUAAAAGAGGAACUAAACCUUGGACAUCGGGAAACAGCUCUAAAUCUUCUCGGAAAAUGCAUGGAACAAGAAGGUAGAGCUGGAGACGCUUUACAGUGUUAUUUCAAGUCACUUAAUGUAAGAGGGAGAGACAAUGCUGCAAAGAUUCAUAUCAACGCGCUCUGAUCUGUACUGAUAAAUGCAAGGACAUAAAAGGUAUGACAAAACUUUGGAAAAAGCAAGACAGUAACAGAAAUGAGUGGUAUUUACAAGCUAGAUUAUGACAGCAACAUUCAUGCUCAACAUCAUCUUAUAUUUUUCAAAUAGCAAAUUUCUUGUCAUAAGAAACACUUUUUAAUACAUAUGUAUCAGUGUUGCAUCUAGGCCGCGCGAUUUGCGCAUUUUUUAUGCAGAUCGCGCAUUUUAUUGAAGUCAGUGCGCGCCAAGUCGCGCAUCUGACAAUCUUUUCAACUUAAUUCAGUUUAUCUUCAUCGUAUCUUUAACGCUUCAGCCAUGUUUGUUUUCACUCGUGGUUAUGACUAAAAUACGUACUAAAUCGCAUGUAGCAGCCGACUAAGUCAUCUCGCGUGUGUUUUGUAGUAUUCGUCAAUAUUUUAUUUUUUUACUUCCGUUUUUGAGCGGACGAUAGCUGUCAAAAAUGCCUGAAUGUAAAAUAAAUGAACUCUAUUCGGUAUGUCAUAUUGUAAGGUCAAUGUAUGUCCCCCACAUCUUUUUCAAAUCCCCCACAUUUUUCAAUUGAGUGGGGGACAAUCCCCCAUAAUUUUGAAAUUCUAGAUGCAACACUGAUGUAUAUGUCAUCCAUAAUUCCAUAUGUGAAAGAGAUCAAGCAACUUGUCAUAUAGCCUGGUUUUCAUGUCAGAGUGUUGAUAUUUUCAAAGUAAGAUAAUAACUUCAUUUUGAUUCCCAACAUUUUGUAGUAUUCAUUAAUUAUCUUCACAUGAAGUAAUCAGUAAUUGUUCAUUUAUCAUCAUCUAUUCAAUCAUUUUUACAAAUAUCUGUAUUCCUUACACUUUCCUACAAUAUUUGUUGAAGCUGCCUUGUUAUAGGUUAGUAUAUAAUAAUAUCCAUAUCUAUGUUCAUUGGCAAUUGAUUACAUAUUAAUUAGGGCUGGGUAUUGAUCAGAAAUUUCCGAUACGAUACGUAUUGCGAUACAGACCAACGAUACACAAAACGUAUUGACGAUACAGUACAAUGAUGCUUCAUUGUUAGGAUGUACUUAUUAAAAGUACUAUUUACAUUUCAUAGAUGCCCUGGUGAAAUAUUAUUGAAUCUUUCUUAUAUCUGUUUUAGAUUUUGACUUUGUUAAUGAUGAUAUAUAAUACAGAGCAGGUGCAUAGGUACCUUAAUUAGUACAUUUGAGAUAAUAUUUUGAAUAUGACAUGAUGGCACCUUUUUUCACAGACGCUUGGGGUUAUGUGCGUGGCUCCCCUUCUUGAUCCGCACUUGUAUACACCAUGCCUAUUUUUAUCUUGCAAACCGUACGUCAAAAUAUUUUUGCAUAUUAUUACGACCUGGUCACAUGUCUUGAACAUAAAACAUGUUUUCCGCUAUUUUAACCACGUUUAAAAAAGUCCCUAGAAUAUCAUAAUUUCAUGAAGAUAACAACGUACGCUUUCCUUUGAUGUGAGAUGACUGGAAUGAGUUUCGGCACUGUUUUGCGCUUUCAUUUUCAUGCCGAGAACCAAAACCCCGCAGCGGUUACUUCCCCUAAUCAGUACAGAAACCAAAUCAAGAAGACUGACGGAAAGGGCCGAGUAGUUGCGACUGAAUUUCUUUUUCCCAGCGAUUUUCCCGCUGUAAUUUACAGAAAAACAUUCCAGUGGUCAUGAAUUCGUAAAGAAGCAUGUGACUCAGUUAUGAAAAUAUAAUUAAAUGUGCAAAGCUUGGAAGAAAGGUACGAUCUGAUAAUAACAUGCAGUUAUUUAUUAAAGGAAUAUAUGCAUCGACUGAUUUACACCAGAAAUAAAUGGCAUGCGAUAACAUAAAUACCUGAAAUAUAUGUAGGUCAGUUGUGUUUACAUUUCGAAGCUUGGUAUCUUCAGGAAAUUGAAGCGUUGGAAAAAAAUUGACUUUUUUAAAACGUUAUGAAAUUCUAUUCAAACUUGUUCAUGUGUUAGACACUUAACCGUCUCAUACUAAUAUAAGCACAAAUUUAAAACUUAUUCUUGUGAUAAACAAUACUUUUAGUUUUUAAUAUUCAGGGGCGGAGAAGGGCAGGGUCCAUACUCCAAGUGUCUGUGCCUUUUUUAGAUAAAACAAUUAUUUUGAAAAAAAAAUAAAAAGCUUUGUAGAGAAAUAAUUUAAUGCAAAAAUAUAAUUAUGUAAAUACUAGGAAAAGUUAACGCAGAAAAUAAUUAAAACAUCACUAUUUAUUAUGACAGGAGCGUAGUACUGUCUACAAGUCAACUGUUCUAAAUUAUAAGAUCUUUUUAAUAAAAUCAAAUUUUUGUAGAAUUUGAAAUAUAUACACUGAGAAAGUAUUGGAACAUUGAAAAUUUUCUAACAAAUCCUGUUUUUUCUAUCUUAAACGGUAAAAUUACAAUAAAAAUAUAAAUAUCAUGUAAUGAUGUUGUGGUGUCGUAAUCCGUAACGUACCGGGAAACGGUGUUUAGCUACGUCUUCGCACAGUCACAUUUAUUUAGUUAGCAAACUACAUCUUGGAAAAUCAAUAAAUUUGUAUGAUUUAUGUGUUUACAAUAUGUGUUUGAUUAAAUUACAAGUAAAUGUUUGGUCUUAUACAAACUACUGCCGACCUGAAAGUAUUUUUACCAGUGUUAGAAAUAGGAGAUUGAAUGCCCGGAUAAAUUUUGUCACGGAUUUAUCCGUCAUUUUGUGUAUUGACACAUUUGUUGUUCCACCUGAACUAAUCAAUGCCGCCUUUCAAAUAUUGCUGAGG